AUUUAAAUUUUAAGACGGGUUUGGGGACAGUAACACAGCACAGCUGCUACAGUUCAGAGGAACAGGAUAAAGUUUUAACUAACGCUCUCUAAACACAGUAUUAACCUCUCUCUGAAAGAACACGUGCGAUCAUGGGGAGCGUCGAGUUGAGCCUGAAAACAGUGGUCCGAGUUUUCAGAAGAGAGUGCCACCGGGUUCUAGACUCUGAGAGAACCAUCAUACAUGGAGCAGACAGCAUGCUGAUGGUUCUACAGCUUUCUGCUGCUGAAGUCUGCAAACAGGAAAGAGGAGACUUCGGUGUGGCUUUGAGCGACGUGCUGGUGGCUUGGAAAUGCUUGCUUCUGGACAAGCUCCACCUGUCCCAUGACGGCUCCCCUGCUUCAGAGAAUUAUGACCUCAUCCGUAAAGAGUACGACAGCUUUCUGAAGCGCACCAACACGGUAGAUCUGAUCGACGUGUGUAAUGCGUACAAGCAGUUGAGGCGAGAUGAAGACCCAGAGGAUCCUCUCACCGCAAUGCAGCUGUUUGAGUUUCUGCAUGGAAACGCAGAGGCCUCGGAAGAAGCUGAGCUGAUGAUCUCUCAGUGUCCCACCACCCCAUCAAACCGAGCUCGCCACUGCCGCCCACAGGUGCGGAGAGUGGUCAGAAGGGUCUUUUGCUCGUAUUUAGGAUUGCUGGUGAACUCUAAAAAUGACCUGGCCCUUGCUCACGCUCUCGACGUCCCCAGCCGUUCUUUGGGACACAGAGCUUUUACCGACCUCAAACGUGCAGCACGAAACAACACCACAUCUCUCUUCCUGGCAGCGACAUCGUUUAUGAGGGCAGUUCAGCUGGGUGGGAAAGGGUACGCUCCGUCUGAGACCGAUCCAUUAAGGAAGCACAUUAAGGGUCUGUCCCAGUUUGUCCAUUUCACAGACCAGUUGGAGGAGAUACUGGGAGAAGUCUCAGAUCCCAGCAUUGCUGCAUGCAGGAUAGUGUCCAGCAUCAGGGCGGCUCUUUUGAAGGGUCUCAGUAAUGAAGAUCCGGUGUACUCCGCUGCUGAAGACACAGUAAAAGCGCUUAAAGAAAGGAUCAGUCAAAUCCACACCACUCUAAAGGAGGUUUCUUGCGGCACAGGAAUUAGUCCAGCAAGGCCCAAAGCCUACGCCAUCAAUCACGCCACUGCCUACGGGGGCAGAGAAAGCGUUAAACUCAUUAUGGCUUUGCUGGAUGAAGAGGCUUUAGCGCCGCCCUGCAGGAAUAAAGCUGAACUGCUGACUGAGGAGCAGGCCAUUUUUAAUGGGACUGAAGGAGGAUGUCUUCUCUCCUUGUACAAAUCUCCAGAGGCUCCCACAGGAAUCUCUCCGCAGCCAUUACGAAACCGCAUCCAGAGCCAACAAGGACAUGUUAAGUCUAAGGUGAAGGAGAGAAUGAUCCGCUCUCAGUUCGCCUGCACGUAUCAGGAGGAUCUGCUGCCUCUGAACCGGGUGCUGGAGUUUCCCAGCAGCAGCCAGCUUCCCACCUGCGUUCAUCCUGCUCCCAAACUCCCUUCACCUGUUCCUGAAGAGGAACCGGACACCAGAGUAGCAAUAGCAGAGGUGGAUCCAGGGGCCGUGAGGGCUGUGAGUUCGGCCCUCGGGCAGCGAAGCAGCAACGCCUGUCCACGAAAAGGUAGCGCUGGGCCACGUGACCGCACGGCACAGCUCCAAUCGGUCGCAAAGACCUCCAAAAGGAAGCUGGCAAGCAGAGAGUGUGAGGAACAUGGACGCGAGGAGAACCAGCCGCCCCAGAAGAGACCCCCCGCCAAAUCCUGCAACCCAGGCCCAGCGAAGAAGAGCAGCAAAGCCUCCAGCAAGAAGCUCAUAACGGGUCAAGGAAAGCUCACGAGCUUCUUCAGACUGUGAUUUAAAGCUUAUCUGUGGCGCCUCAUCAGCAGAUCGGCCUGUUUUAUUUAUAUUUAUUGCCGUUUCAGUGGUCAUUUCAAGUGCGUUUAAUGUGGAGCAAAGUGAAAUCGUGUCCCCUGACCUGCAUUUGCAACACUUCAGAUGAGAUGCAUGUAUGAAAUCAUUCUUUAAAGAAGAACUCUGGUGUAAAAUUGACUUUGCGUAUAGUAAAAAGAUUAAAACAUGAUUAAAAAGUACUUACAUUUGUUGAAUAGCACACCUCCGCUCUCCUGCAGCUUUCCGAGAUCCAGUAAUUGUGCUUUUUGCCCAGCACUCUUUACAACGUCCAAAUCGGGGCAUAUUUUGCCACGAUAAAUUAUUUUUACAGGCUCAAAGUAGCUCCACACUUCAUUGCUAAAAUCUGGAGAGCCCUGACAUUUAAAAUGAGGCACUAAUAACUUAAAAAGUACACAAAAAGCUUAUUAAAAAACACUGUUAACAUCCUAUAAUGCUAGCUUUCAGCUCAGAGCGCCGCCAUCACUGUACUGAUAAUGACGUAGACCUAUAUAUACAUAGACUCCGCAUAGCCUGACUCCUGGCGUAGGAGUUUAAUACACCUACUUUAUAAUAAUAAUCACAACUUUUACCAGAUUUUCACUUAAUUUGGUUUGUUACAAACAGUAGAUAUGUAGUAAUUAUACAGGAUGCUGUCAUACAUUACAAAUACUUGCUUUCAUGCUGAAAUACUUUGUAUUUUGUCCUUUAACAAAGACAGACGUAUGGUAUAGCGUAUUAAUAAUUGUUAAUAUGCCUCGAUUUAAUUGUCAGAGCUCUUCAGAUUCUACCAAGGAGGUGUGAAGCAACUUUGAGCCUGGAUAACAGUGUAAAAAUUGAUUUUAUCAGAGCAAAAUAUGCCCUAGUAUGGCUGUUGUAAAGAGUGCUGGGCAAAAAGCACAAAAUUACUGGAUCUCAGAAAGCUGUAGAAGAGCGGAGGUGAGCUAUUCAAGAAAGUGUUUUACAUGAUAUGCCAAAAGUAAAUUUUACACCGGAGUUCUCCUUUAAUGUAGGAUUAUUUAAAGAUUUUACUACUUACUACUUGCUGCUUGAGACUAAACCCAUGUAGAGACGAGUAUUUCUAUAUGAAGGUUGUCUGUAUGUAUAUAUAUAAUGUGUAUAAUUCUUCACAAAGCAUCACUCUUUACCUUUUAAUAAAGUUUUAUUCAACUUGUUUUUUUA